CAGCCUGAUGAAUCUGAAAGACCAAGGGUAAUUGUGUCAAAUCAUGUAUCUUAUUUGGAUAUUCUCUACCACAUGUCAGCAUUCUUUCCAAGCUUUGUGGCAAAGAGAUCAGUGGGCAAGCUUCCCUUUGUCGGUAUCAUCAGCAAGUGUCUUGGUUGUAUUUAUGUUCAGAGAGAAUCAAAAGGUUCCGAAUUUAAGGGUGUUUCAGGUAUAAUAACAGAAAGGAUUGAAGAAGCCUUCCAAAAUAAGCAUUGUCCAAGCGUGCUGCUCUUUCCAGAAGGCACAACUACAAAUGGAGAUUAUCUUCUUCCUUUUAGAACUGGUGCUUUUCUAGCCAAAAGGCCAGUGCUUCCUGUGAUAUUAAGAUAUCCAUACAGAAGAUUCAGUCCUGCAUGGGAUUCCAUAUCUGGGGUUCGCCAUGUCUUUUUGCUUCUUUGUCAAUUUGUUAAUUAUAUUGAAGUGACCCGCUUGCCUGUGUAUUAUCCUUCCGAACAAGAAAAAGAAGAUCCCAAACUCUACGCAUGCAAUGUUAGAAAAUUCAUGGCUGAUGAGGGUAACCUAAUACUUUCAGACAUCGGGCUACCUGAGAAGCGAGUCUACCAUGCUGCACUAAAUGGUUAGAUAUGCCAAAGCUAAUUCGGAUGUGCGACCUGUAAAUUCUUCGUAGAUGAUCUGUAGUCUAGAAAUGAAAAAUAAUAGGACUAAAUGCAGCUGAUCAUCUCAUUAGACACUCAAUUAAGCUCUACUAUCAUGUUCGAGGGAAAUUAUGAAAGCAAUUAUACACCUAGCGCUUAUGCUCAGCCUUCCAUCGGAACAGGAAAUUUUGUUAGCAAUUAAUAUUCUUUGUUUGUUUUGGAAAAAAAAAAAACCUGACCUAAUUAUGCCAACUGUAGUAGGACUGGAUUAGUCUUUAGUAACCAUGACUUGUAGCAGAGUAACAUGACGAGCUCCCUAGGAUCAUAUGCGUGUAUUAAAGGGAUAGAACAUGCCCUGGCAUGGUUAUUGCAUUGCAAUUCGUAUUUAUUUAUUCUUUUAAUCA